CCCGGCCCGGCCGCUCCGGGGGGCGCCGCAAGCGCGACAGUCGGUGCGCUGGGGACCCGCUUGCGGCUUCCCGGCGGCUGCCCCCGGACUGGGCGGAGGCUCAGUCGGCGCCUCCCGCUGCCCACGGAGACCAGCUGCUCCCGCGGCCCGAUCCCGAGCGCGGCUCCGAUCCUGAGCGCGGCUCCGAUCCCGAGCGCUGUUCCGCUCCCGGCGGCUCCCAGCGGCCUGAGCCGGUUCCCGCUCUGAUCCCGGCCGCUCCCGGCGGCCCGAUCCCGACGGCAGCACCGAUCCCAGCCGCUCCCGGCGGCCUGAUCCCGAGCGCGGCUCCGAUCCCAGCCGCUUUCCUGAGGCCCGAUCCCGGCGGCGGUUCCCUCUCCCGCCCGGAGACCCCGCGCCCUCAUUAUAGCCUGGAAAAGAUGUCAGAUCUUGUAGCUGUUUGGGAAGUUGCUUUAAGUGACGGCGUCCAUAAGAUUGAAUUUGAACAUGGAACCACGUCAGGCAAACGUGUGGUGUAUGUGGAUGGGAAGGAGGAGAUAAGAAAAGAAUGGAUGUUCAAAUUAGUGGGUAAGGAAACGUUCUGCGUUGGAGCCGCACAGACCAAAGCUACCAUAAAAAUAGACGCGGUCAGUGGCUUGGCUUACGAGUAUACGCUGGAAAUCAAUGGGAAAAGCCUCAAGAAGUAUUUGGAGAACAGAUCGAAAACCACCAACACCUGGACGUUGCGCCUGGACGGGGAGGAUGUGAGGGUGGUGCUGGAAAAGGACACAAUGGACGUGUGGAGCAACGGUAAAAAGAUGGAGACAGCAGGCGAGUUUGUAGAUGACGGGACGGAAACGCACUUCCGGAUCGGGGGCCACGACUGCUGCAUCAAGGCCGUGAGUAGUGGGAAGAGGAGGGAAGGCAUCGUCCACACGCUGCUCGUGGACAACAGAGAAAUCCCGGAGUUCCUGGAGUGAGCCCGCAUGACCGGACCUAAUCGGAGGAAGCCGAGAUCAGGACUUGUCAAUGACCAUGGCAAUGAAACGUGCCCGGUACAUACAUCUUAGCACAUUUAGUCGGCCAGGAUUUUGUUUAGUUACCGGAAACUGUUAACAUUCCCAGAACCAGGGGGCAUGGGGGCAAAGGAGCACCUCCCCCCUCCCCCCUCCCCCCUCCAAAAUUAUGUACAAUCAUAAAAACUGCAAUUUAUUUUGUAAAUAAUGUAAAAUGUUUUAAAGUGAAAUGAAAAUGAACCCAAAUCACUAAUGUUUUACUAAGAGGCACUUUUACUAGAAUAAACAGCAUAAAAUGAA